CCACAAGAAAAUUUUUGUAAGGUGGAGGAGGACGGGGUUUUCAGUGACCAGCACCUCGAUAACCUAGAGAGGAGCUGCAGCCCGGACCAGGAGGAACCAGGGCAUCCACAGACUACAGAACUGGAGGAAGACUCCAGCGGUCAGGAGAUGAAGCACGAGGACGUAGAGGUGGAUGUCUCAUUGGUCAAUGUUGCUGAUGUGAAAGUUGAAAAUGGUGAACCAGGACCAAACUGUGGCCAGCUGCUGUUGCACACUUCUCCUGAAGCUGAAAACAAAGAUGAGGAAGGGACUGAAAGUUUACGCUCAGACUCCAAUAAAACUGCAGAUCCGGAGCCAAUGAGACGACACGGUGACCACGAAGAUGCUGCUGUCCCGUCAGACAGCAACUGUAAAUCAAAGCUGACCAAGACCCACGCGGGGAAGAAGGUGUUUUCUUGCAGCACUUGCAGGAAAGAGUUCAGUAAAAGUCGUAAUUUAAUGAAUCACAUGAAGAUCCACACUGGCGAAAGGCCGUACCUGUGCAAAACCUGCGGAAAAUCGUUUACUGAAUCAUCUGAUCUUAACCGGCACAUAACCACGCACACGGGCGAGAAGCCCUACAUCUGCAAAACUUGUGGAAAAAGUUACAGUCAACCUUCCAACCUGGUGAUUCACUCAAGGAUCCACACAGGCGAGAAGCCGUACUUGUGCAACACCUGCGGAAAAACCUUUACUAGAUCAUCAGUUCUUAAACGCCACAUAACCAUGCACACGGGCGAGAAGCCCUACAUCUGCAAAACUUGUGGAAAAAGUUACACAGAACGUUCCAACCUGGUGAUUCACUCGAGGACCCACACAGGCGAAAAGCCAUACAUGUGCAACACCUGCAGCAAAACCUUUACUAUUUUAUCGGAUCUUAAACGCCACAUAACCAUGCACACGGGCGAGAAGCCCUACAGUUGCAAAACAUGUGGAAAGAGUUACAGGCUACGUUCCUACCUGGUGGCUCACUCGAGGAUACACACCGGUGAAAGGCCGUUCGUGUGCAACACCUGCGGAAAAACCUUUACUAAAUCAUCAAACCUUAAAAGCCACAUAACCACGCACACGGGCGAGAAGCCCUACAUCUGCAAAACAUGUGGAAAAAGUUACAGGCUACGUUCCCACCUGGUGGAUCACUCGAGGAUCCACACCGGCGAAAGGCCAUACCUGUGCAACACCUGCAACAAAACCUUUGCUGUAUCAUCACAUCUUAAACGGCACAUGACCACGCACACGGGCGAGAAUGUUUGUAAGGUGGAGGAGGACGGGGUUUUCAGUGACCAGCACCUGGAUAACCUGGAGAGGAGCUGCAGCCCGGACCAGGAGGAACCAGGGCAUCCACAGACUACAGGACUGGAGGAAGACUCCAGUCGUCAGGAGAUCAAGCAGGAGGACGUAGAGGUGGAUGUCUCAUUGGUCAAUGUCGCUGAUGUGAAAGUUGAAAAUGGUGAACCAGGACCAAACUGUGGCCAGCUGCUGUUGCACACUUCUCCUGAAGCUCAAAACAAAGAUGAGGAAGGAACUGAAAGUUUACGCUCAGACUCCAACAAAACUGCAGAUCCGGAGCCAAUGAGACGACACGGUGACCACGAAGAUGCUGCUGUCCCGUCAGACAGCAACUGUAAAUCAAAGCUGACCAGGACCCACACGGGGAAGAAGGCGUUUUCUUGCAGAACUUGCGGGAAAGAGUUCAGUAAAAGUUGUAAUUUAAAGAAUCACAUGAUGAUCCACACUGGUGAAAGGCCGUACCUGUGCAACAACUGCGGAAAAUCGUUUACUAAAUCAUCAGAUCUUAAACGCCACAUAAUCACGCACACGGAUGAGAAGCCCUACAUCUGCGAAACAUGUGGAAAAAGUUACAGAGAACGUUCCAAACUGGUGGUUCACUCGAGGAUCCACGCGGGCGAAAAGCCGUACCUGUGCAACAUCUGCAACAAAGCCUUUACUAAUUUAUUACAUCUUAAAUGCCACAAAACCAUGCACACGGACGAAAGGCCGUACCUGUGCAACAUCUGCAACAAAGCCUUUACUAAUUUAUUUCAUCUUAAACGCCACAAAACCAUGCACACGGGCGAGAAGCCCUACAUCUGCAAAACAUGUGGAAAACGUUACAGGCUACGUACCACCCUGGUGGUUCACUCGAGGACCCACACCGGCGAAAGGCCGUACCUGUGCAACACCUGUGGAAAAUCGUUUAGAAAAUCAUCAAAUCUUAAACGCCACAUAACCACACACACGGGCGAGAAGCCCUACAUCUGCAAAACAUGUGGAAAAAGUUACAGGCUACGUUCCCACCUGCUGGUUCACUCGAGGAUCCACACUGGCGAAAGGCCAUACCUGUGCAACACCUGCGGAAAAACCUUUACUGAAUCAUCAACUCUUAAACGCCACAUAACCACGCACACGGGCGAGAAGCCCUACAUCUGCAAAACAUGUGGAAAAAGUUACACAGAACGUUCCACCCUGGUGGUUCACUCGAGGAGCCACACCGGCGAAAGGCCGUACGUGUGCAAUACCUGCAGCAAAACCUUUACUAAAUCAUCAAAUCUUAAAAGCCACAUAAUCACGCACACGGGCGAGAAGCGAUAUUUGUGCAAGACGUGCAACAAAGGUUUUAGCCGCAGAUUUGAUUUGCGGAGACACAUGAAAAAUCACCCGGAGGAGAAGUCUGGUGACUCGUGACAAAUGAAGCUCAUGUUGUCGUCCUCCGGGGGCAGCUGUCCACUCCUGUCUGACCCACAGAAGAAGAACCCGCAGAAGUCCAACCACCACCUCCUGUGGCUGAUGAGCCUAAUCCCCUCCCCACAAGGGUUGCAGGUUCAA